AUGUGUGAAUCUCCACAAUCUUGGCAAUCAACGUCGUUCUAUGAUUGUACUGGUCGUGGUCGACCGAAAGGUUUCUGUGUAGAAAUUUCCUCACCGCAUAUUUCAAGUCCUAAAUUAACUCCAUGUGAAACAUCAAAAACUAUACAUUCAUCCGAAUUAUUUCUUGAACUUGAACCACCAUCUGUUCCUUUAUCAAGUGAUGAUUAUGAAGAAGAUUUAGAAAAAUUUCCUGAAGAACAAAAUCAUGCUUCUAAAACAUUAGUUGUAAAUAAUAAAAACAUGAAAAAAGUUAAUAAAAAGAAAGACCAUCAUAAUUUACCAAUAGUUUGUCCACCAGUUGAAUUUCCACUUAAUCGUGAUGAUAAACAACAAUUAACAGUAGUUCUUUUACCAUGUUUACAAUUUCCUGAAUCAUAUUCUUCACCAAGUGAAAUAAUUGUUGAUUAUUGGCGUCGAUAUCAUACAAUGCGUGUAUCAUUUUCACAAAAAGAAAUAGGAUUUUUUUCAACUGCUGAUCGUGCUGAUCGAACACGAUGUCGAGAAGAUUAUCGAUAUUUAAAAAAAUUAAUUUAUCCAAUUGAACAAAAAAAAGUUCAUUUUGAUCUUAAUAUUGGUGCUGAAUAUCUUGAUGAACCGCCAGCUUCACUUGAUUCAAUGAUGUGGUGGAUUCUUCGACGUAAAAAUGAAUUAUUUAUUGAUAAAAAAUUUACUUUCGAUUUUCUAUCAUGGCGUGGAACAUUACGUAAAAUAAUGUCAUCAUUAUUUGAUUCAGUUCUUGAUUGGCGUAUAGGAAUUAUACGUUGGAAUGGUUGUCAUUUUAUGUCAGUUUUUCAUACAGAAACAGAAUUAAAAGUUGAAAAUAAACAAACACCAAUUGAAAAACGUAUGCAAUAUUGGGGUCAUAAAUUUGAAGACUAUAUUACAUUAGAUGAUCCACCAUUAAUUCCAUCACCAAAAAAAAUUUUUUCUACAAUGAAUAAAGCUACACUUGGCCGUCACAUUCUUUUAUAUAGUAGUGAAAUAGAUGCAUGUACAUUGAAUUCAACAUUUCAUGAAGAAAAAAAACAAGGAACUUAUGUUGAAGUUAAAAUUGCUUAUGCUAAACAUUUACUAGAUUUAAAUACUGCUUCGUAA